GUUUGAAUUGUGAACCAAACCCGAAAUCCCAAGUUUGGGUACUUGGUGUGAAGUACAAAUCCUGUAGUUUGGUGAUCUGGAGUAUAUUGUGCGUGCUAGCUAGUGCUUCUUCGUUUGAUUGUAGUCGAGAAAGAUUAUUCUCAUGAACUAGGAUAAAGGACUCCAAUUUUUUCGUGAAAGAGAAAAGCUUGUAGGAUUUUCUACCACUGUGCUAAAUGUUAUCUGACUUUCUGAACUAGGAUAAAGGACUCCAAUUGUUUCACUUGUUAUAAAAUUUUGAUGCUUUAAUAAUAUUAUUAUCCAGUUGACCUCUUUUGCCUUCUAACUCACUUAGUGACACUUUUAAAUUAGUUAUGUCAGAAGAUAACGAACCGUAUAGUAACUGUUGAUCACGGAAUUAUCUGAUUGCUUUGCAUCUUCUCUCUUGUGUUACCUGAAUCAGAUAAUUAAAUGGCUGUUUGGUUGAUAAUUAGGCAUGAGAAUGACUUUCUCUUUGCAGCUGCAGCUACUAUGGCAUGUAGUGGAAGAGACCAUCCAUGUGAAGCAAUAGCAGAAUGAUUGGGGGACCCAGUGUUCUUACUCUUGCUUGCUGCUACUAGUGAAUUAAAUGUAGUAAUUGUUAGUGCAGGAAGAUGGUUUCCAGAUGUUGACCGGUUUCCGCACAUGAGAAGAGAGACAUAUGGGACCAAUGUGUAUUGACGAUGAAUGACUGAGACUGCCUUGCUCAUUAAUUACGAAGGAAAGUUUGCAUUGUCGUUGUAGAUGAGAAGAGCAGCUUGAAGACUGGAAGUUAAAUGGCCAGGGCCCUACUCUGGUUAAAGAAACACAAGCAAAAGCAAAAGUGCAAAACCAAAAAAAAAUUAAAAAGAAGCAAUAGGUGGAAAAGAAAGGUAGAUAGAGUGCUCCAUUUCUAGAGAAGAUGAUGAUCCAAAGCCAAGAAAGCGAGUGCAUUUCCAGUGAUUCCUUAGCCAUCACUUCCGCUUGGAAGCUGUAUGAGAAUCCAUGCUACCUUAGUAUCAAAAAGGUUCGGGAAGACUGCAGGAUCAGAAAACGCAGUCGAUAUCACCUCCACCAACCUGUUUCUGCACGUAAGAUCGCAGCUUCUUUCUGGGAUCUGGCCUUCAUUAGGCCUAUCAUGGAAUCAAUGCUAGAAAAAGCUCGAUCACAGAUCAUAGAGCUGAAGGCUGAGUUGGAAAAGGAGCACAACAGACGGAAGAAAGUGGAGUAUGUGAACAAGAAGCUGGUCAAACAGGUGUCUGAGGAGAGGAAAGGGAGGGAAGCAAUGGAGAGAUUAUGUGAUCAACUUGCCAAACAAGUGUCAUCCCAUAAAGGACAGAUAAACGGGUUGAGGAAAGAGAUCAAAGAGGAGAGAAAAAUGCUGCAAAUAGCUGAGGUGCUGAGAGAGGAGAGAGUUCAGAUGAAGCUCGCAGAGGCAAAGUCUUUGCUGGAAGAAAAGAUUUUGGAAUUGAAUACCACCAAGAAGUUACACAUUCAAUCGCCAAUUCCCAUUUCAGAGUCAAAGGUUCAAGAAAGUUUGAGCAAUACUCAGAUAAUUGCAGCGGAUUAUAGUUCCUCGUCCUCGCCUUCCAGUAACAGCAAUGUUGGUUCUUCUUCCCAGCAUAGUACCUUGGCAGUUGAGAGAAAAGCCUCUCCUAAGCCUGAGAAUCCCCAUAUCAAAAGAGGGGAAAAAGGGUUCAUUGAAUUUCCAAUGGUGGUUAAAGCAAUUGGAUGCAAAAGUAGGCAUUUGGGCACAAAGUUGAAGUGUCAAAAGGCACAGCUUAGAUUCAGUUGAAUUGGGUUUGCGCUAUAAUCCUUCCCCAGAGGAUCUAGCAGUGUUGCAACUACAAGUUUUCUGCUUGAAGAUGUAUACCAGUUAUGUGUACGAUUUGCGAUUGUGAUUGUUACUUAAUGCUAAAUGAGAAGUUUGAUUUUGGGA